CUAUAUAGACGAUGGCCACUGCUGGAGGGAAACUGGCAGGCAAAGUGUGUAUAGUGACGGGGGCGACCCGAGGGAUCGGGAAGGGGAUAGCUUUACAGCUGGGUGAGGCUGGAGCUACUCUCUAUAUCACAGGUAGGACAUUGGUAUCUACCAAGGAGAGCGUGGUAGGAGGUUCACUCACAGACACAGCCCGAGAGAUAGAGGAGAGAGGAGGGAAGUGUAUACCUGUACAAUGUGACCAUACCAAGGAUGAAGAUAUACAACAGCUGUUUGAUAAGGUCAAGAGGGAACAGGAUGGCCAGUUGGAUGUCCUCGUCAAUAACGCAUACAGCGCUGUCAAGACCAUAUUUGACAAUUUAAGUGUGCCGUUUUGGGAACUUCCAAUGGAUAUGUGGGACACUGCCAAUAAUGUCGGACUCAGAAAUCACUACCUUUGUACAGUCCAUGCUGCUAGAAUGAUGGUGCCCAGAAAGAAAGGGCUUAUUAUCAAUAUAUCAUCUCUUGGAGGAAUUACAUACAUCUUUAACGUUCCUUACGGGAUCGGAAAGGAGGCAUGUGACAGAAUGGCAGCAGACUGUGCUAAAGAGCUGAAGAAACACAAUGUAGCUAUGAUCAGUUUGUGGCCAGGGCCGGUCAGAACGGAACGUAUCAAUUUGUUCCUCAACCAGAGUAGUUCCAACAUUGGGGCGAGUUUUUAGCAUUUGGAUUGAUUUCAAGUAUGGUACAGCCUAUAUAAAUCCAUGCCUGUCUUAUCAGGAUGUUUGUAUAAACGUACUUUUAUAUUAUGGUAUUUAGUCCGGUAUGUUAAGCUUUGAUAAUUGAUUGGCAAUUCAAUAUUACCAUGGAGAAAUAUAAUCACAUUUAUUUCCUAUAUUGUAUCAAUACUAUAUGGAUAUUAGCAGCACCAAUUUAAAUAUAAUGAAAUAAAUACACAUGUAGAACAGGAAUAAGCUAGAUGUGCGAAUAUACCAUCGCCAUGUUGAAAUUGACAUUAACCCCUCUCAUCAAUAGAGUAAGCUAUUAAGAAUUAGCCCCACCGCUUUUUUAUGACCUUCGUGGACUCUUCCUCUUAUGAUUCGUUUGGUUUAAUGAUAUCGACAUGUAAUGGGAAAUAGAAAAAAAAUAAUUUAUAAACCUUACUGCUACAUCAAGGGUUCAGUAAACGUGGGGCAGCAUUUCACCAUAGCAAUACUCCAACGGAGUCUGUUGUGAAAAUAUUUCAUAUAUCACAACUUGAAAUCAAACACCCGUUUCAAAUAUUUCAGUAUGAAGCAAUCACAUAUUAGACAUACAUUAUGUAUAUCCUUUUCUAUAGGAUAAUGUUGAUGUCAGGAGGUCGUUUGAAGUGGGAGAGUCUAUAGAGUACUCCGGCAAGGCAGUGGUCUGUCUGGCAUCGGAUCCUAACAUCAUGAAAAAGACAGGGAAGAUAAUGAUAACAGCUGAACUUGGAUCAGAGUAUGGCUUCAUGGACAUUGAUGGCAAAGAAAGAAUAUCGUUUAGGAACCUCAGGGAAAUCAUGAUGCUCUCCCCAAAGACACAAUGGAUUGGACGGCUGAUUCCAGGCUUUAUAUAUAUCCCAAAGUGGAUAUUUGCUCUGAUGGGAAACAAAUUCUGAGUUGUGUAACAAGAAACUGCUUUUCUGCAGAUUGGAAUACUUCAUUCUCUGACGUCGUCUGUUUUCGGGACAUAAAGGAGAAAAGGAGACAAUUCGUUGUCACCUAGGGCAACCUAAAUCAUGUCAUCCUACCUGAGCUUGAUAGUCUGUGGUUAUACCUAAUCCAACGAAAUAUAUCGUUUGUCAAUACUGAAUAAAAUGGUUCUGGGUAUUUACUUAAAGUAGGUAACAGUACUAGUGAAAUGAUCACCUGGUCAUAUUUGUAUGGAUGCUUACAGUUUAAAGAGUUCAAAGAGUACGUAUUUUAUCUUGAUGAACAUGCAUGUGAAAUAGACCGAGACAUGUCGCUUUAAAUUCAUCAUGGGGAUACAGACAUGCAAGACGUUCAUGCAAGAACAAAAGAUUAACAAAAUAAAGACAGUAUUUAAAUUGUAUUAGAAGGCUCGCUUGGCUGCUUCUUUUGAAGUAUUGGGAUCUUGUAGAUAACUCGUCUUAAAGAAGUCAAUAUGGCAAGUUACCCCAAAUUCUGACACCAAAU